GAUCAAAUGACCCCCCAGGAGACAAACUGCGUCCUUCCUCCUUGUCCAUCUUCAUUUUAAUAAUGUUUGCUCGUAUGGAGGGGCCUAGUACCGGAAAGCCUGGUUGGGACAUUGCGCUCUUCAAAUGCGUCGUCCUGGAAGAAAAAUGAGGAGGAAGAUGAGACCAGGAGAAUCCUCUACUCUUCCGUCACUCGUUAUCGGUUUAUCUUUUAAGUCACUUGAUGUCACUUGAUUCCACGGUUUCCGCCGUAGCUUAGAUAAUAACGUGCCCCGCGUUUGGUGGUGUGUUGUCACCAACUGCUUCUUCAAUUGAUAUAAACUUAUCUUGUGCUAAUUAAUCUUGACUCAUUCUUCUCAAUUAACCAUAGUCGGAUUGGAACUUUUAUCCCCAAGGUUAUCACCCUGAACGAAUACGAUACAAUGGCUACUCCAGUAGGUCGUCUUCAAGGAAAGAAUGCUAUAAUUACUGGUGCUGCAGGAGGGAUCGGCCUCGAGACUAGCAUCCUCUUCGCCCGCGAAGGUGCCAAUGUCCUCAUGGCCGAUAUAUCUGCCCCUGCCCUUGAGAAAGCUCUCGCCAAAGUGAAGGAGGUUGUCCCCAAUGCCUCCCGAGUCGAAACCUUUAAAUGCGAUGUUUCCAAGGAGUCCGAGGUACAAGCGAUGGUAGAGUCUCAAGACAGCUGGGGCGGAACCGACGUGAUCUUCAAUAACGCUGGUAUCAUGCACGCUGACGAUGCCGACGCCGUGGACACACCGGAGAAGAUCUGGGAUUUGACACAGAAUAUCAACGUGAAGGGAGUGUGGUUUGGAUGCAAGCAUGCCGUGCUUAGUCUCCGUCGUCAUAAGAAGACUAAGGGUAGCAUCAUCAACACUGCUAGUGUAGUUGCCUUGGUGGGUAGUGCCACUCCUCAGCUGGCUUACACUGCCAGCAAAGGUGCGGUGCUGGCCCUGACCCGUGAACUCGCCAUUGUGCAUGCUCGGGAGGGCUUCCGUUUCAAUGCACUGUGCCCCGCCCCGCUAAAUACCCCGCUCCUACAAGACUGGCUGGGUGAUGAUAAACCUAAGCGGUUCCGUCGUGAGGUGCACUUCCCGACUGGACGAUUCGGCGAGGCCAUUGAACAGGCGCACGCAGUGGUUUUCCUUGCCAGCGACGAAAGCAGCUUCGUCAACGGUCACGAUUUUGUUGUUGACGGUGGAAUGUCCAAGGCAUACGUCACCCCCGAGGGACCAGCCACCCCGGCCCCUAAGAACUUGGGCCACUAAAUCCGCAUGUUUAUGCUUAUACCACGAUUGUCGAUGAAUGUCUUUAUUGUCUCAAGGCAGAUGCAAUAGAAGAUCUAUUUUAAUACCUUCAGCCAGCCCCCAAUGUAGCAGAUAUCGUCCAUUCCGGACCCCAUGAAGUCGAACUUACCUGCCGCUAGCCUGCUCGGUCAUCCUAAC